UCGCCGGAUAUCCGUCGAGUGACCCUUACUAGUCCUUCUUAAACCUCAAGUGGAGUAGCUACCCUUGUUGCUCUUGUUGAAUCCCAAACCGGCUCCCGACAUGGGACUAGAGGACGAAAGAAAGAUGCUCACUGGAUCCGGAGACCCCAAAGAGGAAGAAGAGGAAGAACUAGUGGACCCCCUAACAACAGUGAGAGAGCACUGUGAACAGCUGGAGAAGUGUGUAAAGGCCCGGGAACGACUAGAGUUGUGUGAUACUCGUGUGUCUUCCCGGUCACAGACAGAAGAGGAUUGUACAGAGGAGCUCUUUGACUUCUUGCAUGCACGGGACCACUGUGUGGCCCACAAGCUCUUUAAAAACUUGAAGUAAAUGUGCAGACUCAUCUGCCUCAGCCUUGUCACUGGGAAUCAGGAACAGUUCCUUGUGGUGGUUCUGGACAUAGCUUCUCUUCUGUGUAACUAGCAGUGACUUCAUCUUAAUAAACUCAUCUGCAAACUUG